AUUAUCAGAUGUUCGUUGCCUUAUGGAGCCAAACGCUGAGCGCCAGCGUGUAAAAACACUUUUAUAAAGACACAAGGUCCUCACGCUGCACAUUUUUCCUGCCUCUAACACAUCAACUCUGAGGACACAAUGUUCAGCUGCUGCCUGAUAGAUCCCGCCCACUGACUGGUGACAUGGGAACCAGGUACUCACUGUUAUUCACUUCACCUGUCAGUGGUCAUAAUGUUUUGGCUGAUCGGGGUUUUAUUCACAGAUAUUAGAAAGUGUAAAGGGUAACUGAUCCCACGUGACCUCUCCUGGAUCUGAUCAGACUGAAUGAUGACAGAUAUUUUUAUUGCUGGAAGGAAAGUGUUCGGCUGAAGGAGGGGAGGGCAUGAUGGGAAGUAUGAGUCACGGCGGCCUCUCGUCCCCCUUGAGGCCGCUUCAUUUCCUGAGCUCAGCAGCUGCUGGUGGUGCUUGUGAAUGUGGGAGCAGCCGACCGUCAGCAGGCUUCAUGAUGAUGUUGAGAUGAGUGGGAGAGCAGCAGCUGAUCCAAGUCCUCCUAAACAGCAAAAACAACGGAGUUUUAAAGGAAAAUUCAGCUUUUUACAACUCUGGCCUCAUUCAUGUUGCAGUAAAGCAGUUAUGUUAGCAGCACAGCGCUCUGGAUGCUAAAGUUGUCCCGUUUCUGUUCCCCUCAGGAUGAACUGGGAUAACUCUGGUCAUCCUCUGACUUUCUGUUUAGCGCCAUCCUCAGGUCAACUCUGAAACGUGGACGCAGUCUCCAAGAUGUCAACGCAGACUUCUGAAGAGCCGUUGUGGAGCUCAGGGAGGGCGGCUCCCAUGCCUCGCCAUCUAGAGGGGAAACCACCAACCCGUUCUCACUCCCAAGUCAUGUGGACGCAUGGUCAAGACCCGGUGGCGUCAGUUUGUAACGCACUGUUGUAGUUCAACGCAGUGAGGGAAACCCUGCAGUUUCACUUUUGAACACUAAACGUAGGUGUAGGAGAGUGAACAGAAAAGUCACAGUAAGGAGGUGGUUGCGGUGGACGGUGUUCAUGUCCCGUGUGAACACUGAAUGUUUUUACAUAAGUAAUGUCACAAAACCGACGAAUGCAACGUAGUUAUUUUAACCCUGAUCUUUUCCUAACCAAAAUGCAAAGUUUCACUACUACGUUGCUUAGUUAUCGUUGCUAACUCGACAGUGGCGCUGUAAACGCCGAAAGACAACGCUGAAGGGCAUCCAGGGCGUUAAAAAGCGACGCCAAGGGAACUCGACCAGCGUCCAGUUGUGAUGAGUUGGGAAUGAGAAUGUGUUCCACCCACCUGUCACUCAAAUUGGCCACGAACUUAAAUAUUCAUAACUUUAAACAGCAGGGGUGUGCGCGCGCAGAGUCAGAGGGGUGGGUCCUCUCUGGUCUCCAUGGGAACGGGAUCAAACACGGAAGUCUGCUGCAGGUGAGCUGACAGGAUGCUGAGGUUCAAGGAGGUGGAGUCAGGCCAGGCUCCGCCCCCUGGCAGCUGCGGCCUGGUUGCUAAGCGGUACAGCAUCCUGCAGAGUCUGGGCCGGGGCUUCGGCUCGGUCUACCUGGUUCAGGACUCCAGAGCUGCAGACGGAGAAGAGCUGAAGGUGUUGAAGCAGAUUCCUCUCGGCGACCUCCGACCUGACGAGACGGUCCGAGCCACGCAGGAAGCCCAUCUGCUGUCUCAGCUGCACCACCCGGCCAUCCUCACCUUCUACCACAGCUUCCUGGAGAGAGACGCCUUCUGCAUCGUCACAGAGUUCUGCCAGGAUCGGGAUCUGGACUGUAAACUGGAGGAGGUGAGACGAGCUGGGCGGAGCCUCUCUGAGCUGCAGGUCAUCGAUUGGCUCAUCCAGCUGCUGCUCGGCCUUCACUACAUGCAUGAAAGGCGGAUCCUCCACCGGGACCUGAAGGCCAAGAACGUCUUCCUGAAACGAAACCUCGUUAAAAUCGGUGAUUUUGGCGUUUCCUGCCUGCUGAUGGGGUCAUGUGACCUGGCCACCACCUUCACAGGGACGCCGUACUACAUGAGCCCAGAGGUGCUGAACCACCAGGGAUACGACUCCAAGUCCGACAUCUGGGCUCUGGGCUGCCUCCUCUACGAGAUGUGCUCCCUGACUCACGCCUUCCAGGGUCCCAACUUCCUGUCUGUGCUGAUGAAGAUCGUGGAGGGAGAAACCCCGGCGCUGCCCGCCGGAUACUCUCAGGACCUGAACUCUGUCAUGCAGAGGAUGCUGCAGAAACCACCAGCAUCCAGACCGUCAGCUGCAGAACUCCUCAAGACCAAGUUCAUGGAGGGACACAUGAAGAACAUGAAGGACAGGUUUGUCUUUGUGUCGUCAGAUGGAAAGAAAGACGCUGAACUCAUCGCCAAGAACAUGCAGACGAAGGUUCACCUGCAGACGCUGAGAGAGAAGUCGGAGGUGGAGAAGAUGACGCCCAGAGAGAGAAUGAGGCUCCGCAAACUGCAGGCUGCUGACGAGAAGGCCGGGAGACUCAGGAAACUGGCGGAGGAGAAAUACGAGGAGAUCCACACCCGCAGGAGGGAACUGAGGAGCCGCCAUUUUGAGAAAGUCAGCCUGGAUGUUCUGAAUGAGAGCAGAGAGGACUGCGCCUGUCACAGCCUGCCAAUCAGUAUCCAGGAUGACGGGUCACCAGGCGGGUCGCAGCCAAUCCAGGAGCAGGAUGACAGCGAGGCGUCAGAGUCUGAGCUGCACGAUAUCCCAGAGGACCCUCAGGCUGCAGAUGUUUAUUACAACCAGGACGGAUUUGAUUCCUGUUCAGAAGACGAAGAGACAGAAACACCCGCAGAGACACUUUACCUGUCUGACCCACAGGUCAGUGAGCUGGAGGCCAUGAUGAAGCACAUGCAGAAAGUUCUGGAAGAAGAGCUGAGUGGAGACCCAGCGGAGCCUGAGGCCCCUCAGAGCCCUCAGGGACCCCUGAUGAUCAACAGCAGUCUGCUGGAGACCAGGAUCCAGCACCUGAGAGAGUCUAUCUGCAGCCGACUGGGCUCAGACAUCUUCCAGAAGCUGUACGAGGACCUGAAGGAGGCCAGACGGCGGCGGCAGGAUGACGACGAAAGCGUCACCGAGGCUCUGAAACACCUGCAGGACCAACCUGAUGAUGGUUUCCAGGUGGAUCAGCUGCUGUUCUACGAAGAGGAGCUGCAGAGAGCGAGACAACAGCAGCAGGAGGAGAGACCGCCCGUCUGACAGGAACAAUCUGAGGAGGAAACAGAUUUGUUUGUAAACUGUGAACAGCAAUAUCAAUUAAAAACACAAUAAAUACUAAUGAUACUUCC